CCUCAAAUGCCCAGGUCAUGUCUCACACCUGAGGGAAGAGCCCAAGGCCAGGAUAAAAGGCCUUAGGGAUAGAGCACCUCCAUCCACUUCUCUCCUGAGGUGUUGACAGACCCCGUGCUGCUUCGGCGCUGAUCCUGAGCUCGCCCACCAAGAUGUCCUGCCAGCAGAACCAGCAGCAGUGCCAGCCCCCUCCCAAGUGUGCCCCCAAGUGCCCCACCCCUAAAUGCCCCCCGAAGUGCCCCCCAGUCUCCUGCUGUGGCCCCAGCUCCGGGGGCUGCUGUGGCCCCAGCUCCGGGGGCUGCUGCAGCUCUGGGUGUGGGGGCUGCUGCCUGAGCCACCACAGGCGCCGCAGGUCCCACCACUGCAGACCCCAGAGGUCUGACUGCUGCCCCCAGCCCUCGGGGGGCUCCGGGUGCUGUGGAGGGGGGAGUGGUCAGUCCUCUGGAGGCGGGUGCUGCUGAAGUGGACCCUGAGCCAAGAAGAGCCGACCUGGGGACAACAGAUGGACAAACACUUCCUCCUCCUCCUCGUGAGAUUGCCUGAGAGGUCCCAGGUGAGGUUCUGAACUCUGGGCUGGAGUGACUCUCUGUCCCAGGAUUCAGAAACCUGAGUCUGCUCCCAAGAAUCUGUCUGCUGACCUCUGACACCAGUUGGGAUGUCUGCCCUGGAAUCCCCAAACCACAGACUCUAACUCACUCCCCAGAUAAUCUUGCAUCUGCAGCCUCAAAUGAAACAAUAAAACAAGAAAUCUGCUCA